UGUAGGUACCUGUUACACAAUUUCUUUGGUGAAGGCUGUUCAUCAGUGGUGACUUCUUCCAACUAACCACUCCACAAAUUAUCUCUGGACUCCCAGCUGCCACCCUGCCGGAGGCUAGAGCUGCUGAGACAACUGGAAUUCUGCUUUCUCUCAUCAAGGUUUUUUCUUUCACUGGGAAAAAAAAAAAAAAAAAAAGAAGAGGAUGAAGUUGGGCACAGUGGAGUUCUGCCAUUUUCUGCAGAUACUAGCUCUUUUCCUGUGUCUUUCUGGGAUGAAUCAAGCAGAGCACUCGAGCUCCCGGUCAAAGGCCUACUUUCAAUCAGGGAGGACGAGAACCAAACGCAGCUGGGUGUGGAAUCAAUUCUUUGUGCUGGAAGAAUACAUGGGUACAGACCCACUCUAUGUAGGAAAGCUUCACUCUGAUGUUGAUAAAGGAGAUGGUUCCAUCAAAUACAUCUUGUCAGGCGAAGGGGCAAGUUCCAUUUUCAUUAUUGAUGAGAACACGGGGGAUAUUCAUGCUACAAAGAGACUGGAUCGAGAAGAACAGGCCUACUACACACUUCGAGCACAAGCACUAGAUAGGCUGACUAAUAAACCCGUGGAACCAGAAUCUGAGUUCGUCAUUAAGAUUCAGGACAUCAAUGACAAUGAGCCAAAAUUUCUGGAUGGUCCUUACACUGCUGGAGUUCCUGAGAUGUCUCCUGUGGGUACCUCCGUGGUUCAAGUGACAGCCACUGAUGCAGAUGAUCCUACUUAUGGCAACAGUGCUCGAGUGGUUUACAGCAUAUUGCAAGGACAACCUUACUUUUCUGUGGAGCCAAAAACAGGUGUUAUCAAGACUGCCCUUCCGAAUAUGGAUAGAGAAGCCAAGGACCAAUAUCUACUUGUUAUUCAAGCAAAAGACAUGGUUGGGCAGAAUGGUGGAUUAUCAGGGACCACAUCUGUCACCGUCACCCUGACUGAUGUUAAUGACAACCCACCCCGCUUUCCACGACGAUCUUAUCAGUAUAAUGUCCCUGAGUCUUUGCCAGUGGCUUCUGUGGUGGCCAGAAUAAAAGCUGCAGAUGCAGAUGUGGGACCUAAUGCUGAAAUGGAAUAUAAGAUUGUGGAUGGUGAUGGUUUGGGAGUAUUCAAAAUUUCUGUUGACAAAGACACCCAGGAAGGAAUCAUAACAAUUCAGAAGGAGCUGGAUUUUGAAGCCAAGACAAGCUAUACCCUGAGGAUAGAAGCAGCCAAUAUGCAUGUUGACCCUCACUUCCUGAGUCUGGGACCCUUCAGUGACAUGACAACAGUGAAGAUAAUCGUAGAAGAUGUUGAUGAGCCCCCUGUGUUUACUUCACGUUUAUACUCCAUGGUGGUGUCUGAAGCAGCAAAAGUUGGCACUAUCAUUGGAACUGUAGCAGCCCAUGACCCAGAUGCAUCGAAUAGUCCUGUCAGGUACUCGAUAGAUCGAAACACAGACCUGGAGAGGUAUUUCAAUAUUGAUGCCAACAGUGGAGUCAUUACAACUGCCAAGUCUUUGGACAGGGAAACUAAUGCUGUUCACAACAUCACAGUUUUGGCUAUGGAGAGUCAGAAUCCAGCACAGAUUGGUAGAGGCUAUGUAGCCAUUACUAUCCUUGACAUCAAUGACAAUGCCCCUGAAUUUGCCAUGGAGUAUGAGACAACAGUCUGUGAAAAUGCUCAAGCUGGUCAGGUGAUCCAGAAAAUCAGUGCAAUUGAUAAAGAUGACCCACCAAAUGGCCAUCAGUUCUACUUCAGUUUAACAGCAGAAGCAGCUAAUAACCACAAUUUUACACUGCAGGACAACAAAGAUAACACUGCAACAAUAUUAACCAGAAGAAAUGGUUUCCGAAGACAGGAACAGUCUGUUUUCUACUUGCCAAUAUUCAUUGUGGACAGUGGAUCACCUUCACUUAGUAGCACUAAUACCCUCACCAUCAGAGUCUGUGAUUGUGAUGCAGAUGGUAUUGCACAGACAUGCAAUGCAGAAGCAUAUAUCUUGCCUGCAGGACUUAGUACUGGAGCCCUGAUAGCAAUAUUGGCUUGUGUCUUGACACUGCUAGUUCUUGUCUUGCUGAUUGUCACCAUGAGGCGACGGAAAAAAGAGCCCCUCAUUUUUGAUGAAGAGAGAGAUAUCAGGGAGAACAUUGUCAGGUAUGACGAUGAGGGUGGUGGAGAAGAAGACACUGAGGCUUUUGACAUGGCUGCCUUGAGAAACCUCAAUAUCAUUCGAGACACCAAGACCAGAAGGGAUGUGACACCUGAGAUUCAGUUCUUGAGCAGACCAACUUUUAAAAGCAUCCCAGAUAAUGUCAUUUUUAGGGAAUUUAUUUGGGAAAGACUAAAAGAAGCUGAUGUGGAUCCGUGUGCGCCACCUUAUGACUCCCUGCAGACAUAUGCGUUUGAGGGGAACGGCUCAGUGGCAGAGUCACUCAGUUCUUUAGAUUCGAUUAGCUCAAACUCUGACCAGAACUACGAUUACCUCAGUGACUGGGGCCCUCGUUUUAAAAGGCUUGCGGAUAUGUAUGGGACUGGACCAGAUUGCUUAUACUCAUAGCCUUGGAACCUUUCUCUGAAAAUGCACUGAAGAAUACUAAAACAGAAAACUCAACCUUACAGAC